GAUAGUAACUCAGACUUCCAGGAACUUGCCAAUUAAUAAUUUAAUGAGAGCUACAGAGACAAAUUGAUGUUGUGCUGAAAUAAAUAAAAGGCGGUGGGUUAUUAGUGAGUGCAACAUAGGUGUGAAGUGAAACUACGAGAUGGUCGGGUUGAGUCCCCUCAGGGUUUGGCCGCCCCAAAGCUCCAUCUAAUCGACAAGGUUGUCGAGUCUCAUUAAAAUAAAUCAUUACUCAUCCAAAUGUUUUGUAAUUUUCAAGUUUUGCCUAUGUAUCGGUUUGAGUUGGACGGUUGAGUUAACUUUCGCAUUACAAUGUUUACCUCUAGUAAAGUGCUUAACCACUCGGCCCCAAUUGGGUUGUUACUUGUCUUAGCCUAGAAAACUUGAUAAUUUUGGGGUCUUUCAUAGAUUGAGUUCACUCAAAGUUUUCAAACCAUAGGGUAUUGUGGGGUUUGAGUUCAAUGGCUUGCUAAUCCUUGGGUUAUGCUUUUCCCUAACCUUUCUCUUGAGAAGAAUGGUUUACCUUUUUACUAAUAUUCAACAAGUUUUAUACAUCUCACAUUUAUUCCAUUUGUUUUCGUACUUCACAUAAAUAUCAAUCCAUAUUCGGCGCAUUGCACACCAUCUUUCCAUUAGACUACCACAUCUAGGGAUGGCAAUGGGUCGGGUUGGGUCGGGUUUUGCCCCAAACCCAUGGGUUUAUCCGUGAAAAAAAUCCGGGAUAAAACCCACUGGGUUUGAAAAACUCAAACCCAACCCAACCCGCUGGGUAUCCGUGGGUUCAUGGGUACCCACGGGUUUUUGUCGUAAAAAAUUUACAAUAACAAGUUCCUAUCAAAAUUAAAGUCAAAAUAUCAAUCUCUCAAUACAAAUUAUCCACAUAUAAAACACCAUUCUAGAAAAUUCAAGCAAAUCACAAAUUAACUAUACAAAUUGUUCAACACCAAUCUAGAAAACUCAAUAAAAUUGAAGCAAAUCACAAAUUAUCCAUAAAUAACAUGAUUAAUUGAAAGCUUCUUCCUUUCAAUUAAGUUUCUUCACUCUCCACUUGAUGACAUCAACUUCAUUCUACACAGUUAGAAAGAAAAAAUUAGACAUGUCUCCACAAACAUAAAUAAGAUUAGUUGUUCAGAAUAUUAGAUAUACCGAGAAAAUUAAUUACAUGGGUGUGGGCGGGUACCCAUGGGUCGGGUUUACCAAAACCCAAACCCAACCCGGUGAAUAGUGAACGGGUUUAAACCCAAACCCGACCCAAAACCCGUCAACAAGAAUUUUACCCGCGUUGAUCGGGUUGGGUCGGGUGGGUACCCGUGGGUUUGGGUUUUGUUGUCAUCCCUAACCCCAUCACAUCAAAUAAUUUCUAUUUGGUACCUACCCAUAAUUCUAGGAACUAAAAAUGGCGAUGAUGCAACUGACAUUCGACUUAUAUGUUUUAGUUGCAACAAAAAUAGGUUAGGUGGUCAUCAUACAACCUGCAUGAUACUUAAAUGCCACCCAGUGCAUUUAACCCUAAAGCUGGAUGAUGCUCAUGUGUUAUUAUCACAAAAGAUAGAGCAAAAGGACAAAUACUCCUUACCAAGGGUUGUACAACUGUUAUGGAAGUCAUACGAAAAAAGUUAUUAAUAAAAUAUUUUGUACUAAACUAUAAUUGAACCGUAUCCUUCAUGGGCGUAUGUUAUUGGAAAGAGGGUUGAGAUGGCAGGUGGGAAAUGGUCAAUCGGUCUCCCUUCUCCAGUCUAACUGGAUUCCUGGGUAUCAGUUGGAUCCCCCUGCCUAUAAUCCUCGGAUCUUGCCUGAGGGGGGUGAUCCCUUGGUGGCGGAGGUUAUUCGUGAGGGGGGAGGGAGGUGGUCGGAUGGAAUGCUUAGUCAAUGGUUUGACCCUCCCACCUGUAAGGCUAUUAAAGCUAUUCCCCUCCCGCGUCGGGAUGUUCCGGAUAAGCUCAUCUGGCAUUUUACGGCUGACGGGGUCUUCUCGGUUAAGACGGCUUAUCAUUUGGCUGUCAAUUUGGACAGAAGGAGGGGGGUGGCGUUCCUCGGUGAGCUGGAUGGAUAAACCGAGUUGGAUUAGAGUCUGGGAGGCCAACAUCCCUCCGAAGUUGAAGGUGUUUGUUUGGCAAAUUCUUAAUCGGGCUCUGCCGACUAUGGAGGCGCUUAUUGAGAAAAAGGUCCAGGUGCAACCCCGGUGUCCAGUUUGUUGGGAUGCCCGGAGACCCUGGAGCACUUGUUCCUUUAUUGUCCAGUGGCGCGGGCUCUCUGGGAUUAUUCUGGGCUGGAAUACUUGGGAGAGGGAUUGCCUCGGCAGACUUUUCCGUUAUUUCUCAAGCGUCUGCUGGGUUUGAUUCACCAACCGUCGGUGGUUAUGGUUGUUGUUGCGAUCCUUUGGAAGAUCAGGCGAUCUCGGAAUUGGGUGGUUUUUGAGGGCAAACAAUUUGGGAUCCCAGCUCUUAUGCGCCAGUUUAAUUAGCAGUAUGAGGAAUGGGUGGGGCUCCCAGUAGACCAGGUCCCUAGGGCACAAGUCCCGAUAAUGCGAUCUUCACCUCAAUUGGAUGAUUCCCAUUUGGUCUGCAUGUGGGACGGGGCUACUAAGGGUGGGUCUCAUUCGGCUGGUGAGAUGGUUCUUUUUGACCCCACGAGGACACUCUUAAUGGCUAGAGGGAUCUAGUUUGCUCAAAUAGAUGAUCCUGCAGUGGUGGAAUUAAUUGUGCUUCGUGAGGCUAUCAUUUGGUGUAUGGAGCAAGGUUUGUCGGCUGUCCGUUUUGAGGGCGAUGCGAAAGUGAUAAUUGAUAAAAUUAAUCAGGCCGACACAAGAGAUAGCCGGUUGGGUGCGGUGCUUGAAGAGGUUGUUCAUUAUAUUCGUACUCAGUCUGGCUUUAGUGUGCGGUUUGUAGGUCGGGAGAACAAUAGGGUAGCUCAUUUGGUAGCUAGGAAAGCCCUUUCUUUGUACCCGACUAUGAGUCGCUUCUUUGAUUUCCAGACCUGGCUAGUUUCCAGGGUGUAACUAUUUUAUGCAAUGAUCAAUAUAUGAUAUCUUUUGAC